AUAUGGCUGAAGACAAAAUAGGGUCGUUGGAGGAAGAAGCAUUUAAGAGAAAAGAACGCUUACAAGCGCUAAAAAGAAAGACUGAAGAUAACAAAGAAAACAAGAAUGAAAGUAGUAGUAAAUUACCAAAGCCAAAAUUUCGGAGUUAUAAACCACAAGAUGAAAGUCUUAAGGAUAAAGUAUUAGAUGAUGCAAAACCAGGAAAUGUAGAAGAGGAAGUACAGGAUCAAUUAAGUGCUGCAAAUACAAAAGUUGUUAUCGAGGAACUUGAUAUUAGCAAUCUUGCUCCUAGAAAGCCUGAUUGGGAUUUAAAGCGUGAUGUUGCUAAGAAAUUGGAAAAACUAGAAAGGAGAACUCAGAAAGCAAUAGCUGAACUUAUAAGAGAUCGUCUUAAACAAGGGCAGCAUGAUUUGGCUGCAGUAGUGAAUAUGGCAACGAAAGAUCAAUCAAAGUCACCACCUUGA